CAUACCAGUGGGCAGCCCUCUCUGCAGCCUGAUAGAAGUGCAUUCCUUUCCAGCUCUCUCAGCGCUCGCUGUUCGCUCACUAAGGGCUGGCUGCGUGGUGGUUGAAAUAUGUGCUCAUUAUCUGUGAUAUCAAAAGGUGCAACAGAAGACUUUUAACGCCUGCCAAGAAACUGGAGGAGGAAAGGAACACAGGGGGCUUGAACGGGACCUUCCUCACCCCACCUGCCUUCGGACAAGAGCUAAAAAACAACCAAAAAGGAUACAGAUGUGCCUCGCAGGCCAGAAAAAGCAACGUUCCUGUCCAAAGAGAUACGCCGCGGUGAAAAAUGGGGUGUUUUUAUUUAUUUUGGGGUUUCGCCAAAUGAUCACAUCUUCUGUCUUUCAACCUUGUUUCAUAGCACCCCACCGUAGGCAGGAUUGUGAGUGAUUGCUGGAGCCUCUCCUUUACUGUGGCUGGCGUGAGUAGGUGCUGAUUAGCUGAGCUGCCUGUGCUCUCCUCCUCCUCCUCCUCCCCCCCCCUCUUUAACUUUAUCAGGAAAGGAGCUCUUCCCUCCAGUAAGUGAUUGCUGGAUGUCUGCCUUGAGCAGUGGGAAGUACAGCCAGUGACCCAGCUUUGCUCACACCCAGCUUCCUUCCUUCGCUGCAAGAUUCAUCCAGGCAGAGCGUGACUGGAAUACAUCUCCGCUUGUUUAAAAAAUAAAACCCUCAGUCAAGCAUGUUGCCAGCGUACAUGGCUGUAAGCACGGAGAGAGCUGGAUACUGAAGCCGAACAGCAGCAGGAGCUCCCAUUUCCAACACAACGGAGCGAUGAUGUUUGGCAGAAACAGCAUCUUCGGAAUAGGAAGCUCCUGGAAAAAAGUGGCGAAACAGGAAUCAUCCAAGAAGAACGUGGUGUUGACCAAGGUGACAGCCCUGAGAAAUGGCUCCGAGUGUGAGCACAGUACGCCCCAUCCAACGGCAGCCAUCACCGGCAACAACAACCCAACACCAAUAACGAACGGCGGCGCUGAUCUCGGCAAGUCCGGGUACCACAACGUAUUCUCGGGGCUCGCCGGCAGAAAGGGAUCGGCAAACUGCACCGUCCUGAAGUUGUACAAAUCCGAAUCGGAGGACUCUGGUGCCGAAUUUCCAAGCGGCGCUAAUUCUCCAUUGACUCCCUCGGGCUCCGAGCAAAGCCUUGUUAUACACCGAAGAGUUUCAUCCUGUGACUCCGGGAUGGCGCUGAGCAUCACUUCCACGUCCCCUGCAGUUCAACAUUUACCUCUAGCAAGCCCCUGCGCCAACUCUGGUGCGGCGUGCAUCAAAGAAGAUCGGGAAGACCAAGAUGCCGCGGCAGAGGUCGGGGAACAGCCGGCGGCGUCUACGAAUUGGAGAGAGGACCACAGGUCCAGCAGUCACUUCAGUCCGAGUCCUCCACCCGCGGACGAAAGAACGAAGCGGUCCAGGCGUGUAUCGCUCGUUGAAAUAGUCAUUGCCGACACCAGUUCUCUCCCAGUGUCAAAUGGUGGAAUGGAACAUCGAGAUCUAGUGGCUCAGUUAGAUCACGAACCAUUGAAAAGGAGGCAAUCAAACGAAAGUCUGGAUAAAUACAUGGAGAAGUGCUGCAGAUUAAGCGAGGCAAACCAGGAGAAGACAGUCGACCGCAGUUCAGGCCUGGGAUAUCUGGAGCACAUCUGCCAGUUGAUUGAAACCAUCGGGCAACUCCAGGAGCAGAACAAGCAGCUCCAGAAGCAGGUGUGCAUCGUUGAGAAAACUCUGAAGGUGAACAGGUUGAAAGAGGAUUUCUUCUUGAACCAUUGUUCCUGUGGGGCCGCUGAUGUCUAUCAGACCCUCACCAGCCUUCCCCGUCUGCACAGCGACUCGUCCGGUCCCCACAGCUGCCAGAGAAGCUCAUUUAUACUGGAGUCCACGUCACAGAUCCCAAGAUGCCAAGGUGAGGAGACAAACCCAGUGGAAAGAGUGUGGCUCAGGAAGUCGGCGCUCAAAGAGAUGGGAAGAUCUUUUGAGAUUGAGGUGCAGCAGGGCCUUGAUGGGACAAGGAGCCUGAACUGCUCACACCAAGGAUUCCAGGAGGUAAAAGUACCACCUGGUGAGAAAGUCAAAUUACUGCUUAGGAAUUGCAGCUUAAAGAACCAGGACAAAGCUUGUGAAAUAUCCAGCUGCAUAAAGAGAUCCUACACUCAGCUUUACAGACAAGAACGCUCUCCAAAGAAGUGACUAAUCCAACAAUGAAUCAUCGACUGAUGAAUGGAAGCUGCUGGGUUGUGGGACUGCAGUAAUGAGCCGAUCGUAGUUGGUAUUGUUCGAAGGGCAACUUCAGACAAUCAUUUGGGAACCUGGAAAUGUAAUCACUUCAAAGAUUCCAACUUGCCAGAUCAGCAAUACCAGAGAUUAUAUCUGUUUACCUUUUUAAUUGCACAAGAUAGGGCCAAAGUCUAGUGUUGAACACUGGAAUAAAACACACACAUCAAGUCAUUCUGAAAGCUUUGAAAGACACUAAAAGCAGGAGUAACUCAGCAGGACAGGCAGCCUCUCUGGUGAGAAGGAAUGGGUGACGUUUUGAGUCGACAUCCUUCUUCGGACUUUCUUCAGACGGUCUCGACCCGAAACGUCACCUAUUCCUUCUCUCCAGAAAUGCUGCCCGUCCCACUGAGUUACUCCAGCAUUUUGUGUCUACAGUUUAAACCAGCAUCUGCAGUUCCUUCCUGCACAUUCCAAAAGCUUUCAUAGUUUCAUAAAUUCCUUUUCUUGCAAAAAGGAUGCCACAGUGGCACAGCUGGUAAAGCUACUGCCUUACAGUGCCAGCGACCCGGGUUCAAUCCUGACUACGGGUGCUGUCUGUGCGGAGGUUGAAUGUUCUUCCGGUGACUGCCAUAGUUUCCUGGGGGUGCUCCGGUUUCCUCCCACAUGCCAAAGACAUGCGGGUUUGUAGGUUUAUUGUAAAAAAUGCUGC